AAUGCAAGCCCAAAGCUCUUUUUCCCUCCUCAUCUCCUCCUCCAUAGCCUCCCACUCUCCCCCGCACCGUCCCUCCAACGUUUCAAGAGAUAUUGACCGAGAGAGAAGGGUAGUCUAACGACAACAAAACAGAGUAGGAGGAGAUAGGGAGGGACCACGGUAUAGACUCCAUAUAUAAUUGAAAGGCUGCAGUUCUAAGUACCAGAGAUCUGGUGCCCACACAUGUAAGGUGGUGGUAAACGGAGACUCACAUUAUUGGAUCACAUGUCCGCUGUUGACAGUGGACGAGAUUCGCUUGCGGCGGUUGCGCCACCGGGGAAUCAAAUCAACCGAACUCUCCUCGAGAUCAUACGCGACGAGGACCCUUGUGACGGCUCCGAUGGCCUCAGGAAGAACUGGAAAGUCUUUAGGGACAAGCUCCGUCUCAAGCGCGCCGGAGCUACUUGGACAUCCUCUGUUCAUAUUACUGCCUCCGAUAUUCGGAAUAAUAAUAACAAUCAGCAUGUAAGAUCCCCAUUUUCGCGCCGGAAUUCCCUCCGUUUCACUACUAUGCCAUCGGUUCCACCGGAUUCAAAUGAGUUAUCGGAGGAUGUGAAUGUUAAUGCCAUCGGUGACGCUACUCCAGCAAGAAGUUUCAAGCCACAAAUUUCUCGGCACAACUCAACCCGCUUUCCGGCUUCCAACUCUGAUUCAAAUCAGCCUGGAGAAAACGAAUACGAGCCGGCUAAUGAAGGCACUCGGCGGUUGGCAGCGGCAUUGGCGGAGGAGAGGCAGUUGUCAGCAAGGGAAGCUGUUGCGGCGCAGGAGGCGUCGGAGGCAGCGGCCGCCGCAGCUGCGGAAGGAACUGAUUCAGAGGGCGAGGCGGAGGAACAAUCAGGUGCGGGACAGCCGGUGAGGAUGUCCUUGAUGGAUUUGUUGGAGGAGAACGAUAGACAGUUGGGACUUGAAGGGUCCACCCACAUGAUGGUAUACGACGAAGAGGAGUUGGACGAUGAUGAUUAUUAUGAGGAUGUAGAGCAGUUUGGUGGGGGUGGUGUAGAGUAUAAUUGCCGCGUGUGCAUGGUGAGGCAUAAAGGCGCGGCUUUUAUCCCCUGCGGACACACCUUUUGUAGGCUUUGUUCAAGAGAGCUUUGGGUCCGGAGGGGUGACUGCCCUAUCUGCAAUGGUUUCAUCUUAGAAAUUCUUGACAUCUUCUAAAUUGUGCGGAAUUUAUUUCAAUACCUUUUGCAAUAAAAUCGAACUCAGAACAUUCCGAGUCCA